AGUGUGAGGCCGGCUAUCAGCCGCCUAACAUCGAGGUCGGGGUUACGCUUGUAUACGUAACACGGCUGCCGCAGGCACCCAUACACACACUUGCGACACCCGUGCACGGAUUCUCGCGGAUUCUCUUGUCGUGGGCUAGGCGAGCAGAGGGAUCUGCGAACUGUUCACGCGGGGAAUCCUUUUUGGUCGUCGACGGGUGGGCAGCCUUUCUCCAUGCAGUAUGCGUCAUAAUCGAUAAGGACAGGAGCGGGGCGCGUGUAUAGGAUCGUCUUAAAGGAAACGUCGCGCCCUUCGAGUAUGUCGAAAUGAAUGAAAGUCGCGAGAGAAAGAAGAGCGAGAGAGAGAAAACGAAAGAGAGUGUACGUUUGGACGAGGUGAGUGCGAGCGUGUGAGGGAGAGAAAGGGAGACAGGAGCAAACGUAAGAGGAAUCAUAGGUGUCGAGGUUAAGAGAUAACCGUGACUAAAGGGCAACGGGGUGGGGGGAGAAGGAAAGACAAGGAGAAAUUCGAGCGCGCGUGUGUCUCUAACAGUAAGAAAAAAAAAAAGAAAAGAAAUAAAGAAACAAUUGAAGCAGCUCGACACAUUCGACACCGUGGACAUCGUGCUGUUCGAUUCUUCGUAACGAGUCUCUUUUCGUUUGACAGUCGCAGAAAAGGAUCAACGGUGCGCCACACGUCGAAACGAACAACCGGUCCUCGGAAGAGUGGAAUGCGGACAACGUAGAGUGAACUGUAGACAGGACAAUUUAGAUAGACAAGCAGUCUAAAAGGGGAAGGGAGAGAAACAGAAAGAGAGAAAAGAAGCUGGUGAUAUCAUCACGGGCAAGGAACGUAAACGGGUCACGCGAGCAGACCGUGUCAUCGGUGUCUCGUGCUUCGAGGGGGAAGUAUCGAGAUAUAUUGGCGGUGAGUGCGGUAUCGAGAGUAAUUAAGCAGUCGCGGGAUUACUCGGUAAUAAUGGCUGGUCGCGAUUGAGCGAGAGAGACAGAGGAAGCGUGUGCGCGGCCACUAGUGUACACUGGCUACAUCUAUCCGAAUAACGUGGACAACGAAGAAAGAAAGGCCAAAGGAGAAAAAAUAGAGAAGGCAAGUGAGAACAGGUACUGAUAGGCUUGGAUAAAAGGAGAGGAGGAGGGGGGUUGAUUGCCGGAAAAGCGGCGGGAUCGCAAUCGAAGAAAAUCAGAUGUCGUUAGGGGCCGUUGCUAGAACUCGGAACGGAUAUAUCGUUAGAAACGGUGUGGCGAUCGAAUAAACGAGGCGAGCAUCAAGAACGAAGUGACAGCUUGUCGCGGUGGUCGUUGUCGUCAGUCGAACGUCGAUUCCCUUCCCGCUUCCUACUUGGGGCAGAAGAGUCGAUGGGAUUGCGAGGAACACGACUGGAUCGAGUCGAAGCGUGCCAGCGAGGAACGGAGGAGUACGACUCGAAGCGGGCAGAUGAUUUUCGAUCGAUUGACGGUCGCACGGCAUCGAGACUAUCGCGCCACCGAGUCUUGUUACGUGUGUAGGUUGCCAUGCCGUCGAACUGCCGCCGGAGAUGCGCACCGACGUUCAGUGAUGAUGAUACUUAGCUGAGAUGUGUCAUUUUUGACAGGAUCGACAGGAGAGAACAACGGUCGCCACGACAUCUGCUUCUUCUAAACGAUGCUUGGAUACAUCGUCGACGGAAAGAGACGAAACGCACGGUGAUCAGUAAUAACGAGAAGGAGGAAGAAAUAAAGAAAAUUGAGAGUAAUAGGGGGGUGACGAAGAAAGAAAUAGAGAACGUGAGGUGGAUCGAAGAAGAAAAGGAAAGCGAAUAUAGCAGAUCGGUGGAGAAAACGAGAGGAUGGCACCUCGAUGCUCGUACGUGGCCAAGCCGAAUAUGAAGAAUCGCUUUGUAGCAAAGAAACGACGGAUGCAGCAAGAACGAAACAAGGCGAGGAAGUACGCGACUGCGAUAACUCGUUUUUCGCAACUCGUAGCUGUAUCUCGAUUCUGAGAGGCUCCCCGUCGACGUCGUUUUUAUGUGGCCUCCUCGUCAGAGUGACGACGAGCGAGAGGAUUCGGCACAUUGCCCGUCGGCUGCACGUGCGCAUUGAUGGUCGAUAGUGAAACUCCUUUCAGAGGCAGAUAGACGCGGAAUAAUCCUGUGCUUUCUCUCGUGUCGAGUUUUCGUGUCGAACAGGUGAGAGACGGCCCGCACACAUACGGCUGGCGAACGAAUCACGCGCAUUCCGUCCUAGAACGAAUAUUAAUAAAUAUAGAAAAGGAAAAGGAAGAAAAAAAGAGAAAGCAAAAUAAAAGAACUGAAGAGAACGGCGUGUACGUGGAGCCCUUCGAGAACGAGAAUCGUUCAACGACUAACCAUCGUAUCUCAAGGAGAAUAAUCGGUGACUAGUCGUACCAAUCGUGUGCAGCGUGUUGAGAAUGAUAAAGAAAGAAUAAGAGAAAGAUAGAAGGGCAUGCUCGGUAUACGAGACGGUGUGAUUUCGUUUCUGAGAGAACAACGGCAACAGCAGCUGCACAUGCUACGGUGAUCCGUAUCAAUUCGCGACUGUGAUUUCUAAACUUAAGGUUAUAAACAAAUAUUAAAGAGAAAAAGACGAAGAAAAAAGAGAGACGGGGAAAUAAGAAGCGGAGGAAGUAUAUAAAUUAUUAAACACAAGCAAGAUAGAAAAAUAUAAAAAAUCGUCCAUUGUGAUACUAAGAUAUAUUAAACGAGAAUUAGGUGAACACGUGCGCUCAAGGAGAUGGGUGUGAAUGAAAGGGGGCGCGACACAGUGUGCCAGGCUGAAAUGCGAGUGUAAUUAAUGGAAACGAUGGUCGAUCGCGGGGCAUGCGUCGGAUCUACAAACUGUGAUACACCGAUAACCACACCGAGGAAAGCCUGAUGUUCGAUCACUGACGUCGAAUCGCGUGUACCGACCUAUCCAGAAACAAAGUGGAAUGAAUCGCCGGUUUCGAGUCGCGUUCUCAGCCACCUCGUGAUUCUUUCGCAGUCAGUUCAACCGCGUAACAUCGCAACAUUACAAGAAGCAGAGGGCUCAAGAUCAAAAGCACCACACAAGCAACCAGAAGCUUCCUAUUAGCAUACUGAACGGCGUUGAUGCAAAGCAAAGUGACGUUGAUCCUACGAGAGGCCUAGGUGAGAGGCAGUGAUCAGGCCGUUAAGGGGCCGCGUAGUGCAGGUGAAGCUAGGCGCGAAGAGAGGAGAGAAAGCUUUAGAACAGCGUCGCCGGAGCAGUCACCAGGCAUCGUGUACCACCCCCUGGCCACGGGGGGUGGGACAGAAAGACCGUCAGCGUGGGUGCCGGUGCUGCAGGGGCGCGCCUGGCCCGUCGGCUCGCCCGCAGAUUAGCACGCCGACUAGCGGCUAGCUCGGGCCCGUUUCGGCGUACCGGCCUGGCGACCUCGGGGGGCCUCACGUCGGCGGCGGUGGCCGUGGCGGCCACGGGGGAGCAAUCCGCUCCCCCAGCAGCUGCGCCACGCCAUACCACGCCGAACGGAAGCACCAACGGAUCGACCUCGAGCUCCAAUCGCAAGAACAGAGCCAUGUCCGUGAGAAGCCUGCACCGACGCGUCUCUCACCCUUGCCAUGGAAUUGAGAACCGACAUGCCGCGAAACACGAAAAGCGUCCGUCACAGAAGCUCGAAACCUCCUGGCCAUUUUCCUUGGAGGGCGAGAGUGGCGGCGGUGGCGGCCGUUCUGUGACCAGCGCUGGUGGGGGUGGAGGAGGAGGUGGAGGUCGACGGGCACCGAGUCUACGGCUGGUGAACGGAAGAGCGACUACGGGGGUUAGUUUGCACACCAGCAGCACAGAAUCCGUUCGUUCACCCCAUCACCACCUCGGCCAGCAGCAGGGCGGCAACAAUAACAAUAACAACAACAACCAUAAUAAUAAUAACAACAACAACAAUAACUGCCACGCCGGUAAUAACCCCGCCGCGAACAAUCAUCCACGGCUUAACAAAGAUGACAGCAUCAAGAUCAGCAUCGAGAACACGAACACUUGCACGGACAGCCUCGUCACUGCUCUAGACGACGAGACAUUGCUCAUCACCGAUUUCGUAGCCGACCAAGGCAACGAGAUGAAUUACAAGGGCAGCGGGAAGGUCCACUUCGGAGUGGACGAUGUGUCCCUCUACGGGACGCCGAAGGAGGAGCCGGGCCCGGGUCUUCCGGGCCAGGAAGUCAAGCAGAGCUUCUUGAAGAAUCAGCUUCAGGCCCUGUUCCAGCCUACCGACAACAAGCUGGCUAUGAAGCUGUUCGGAAGCAAGAAAGCUUUGAUGAAGGAACGGAUCAGGCAAAAGGCUGCAGGUCACUGGGUCAUCCAUCCUUGCUCCAGUUUUCGAUUCUACUGGGAUCUCUGCAUGCUCCUCCUGCUGGUAGCUAAUCUGAUAAUUCUGCCAGUCGCCAUUAGUUUUUUCAAUGACGACCUAAGCACUAGGUGGAUAGCCUUCAACUGCCUUUCCGACACGAUAUUCCUCAUAGACAUUGUCGUCAACUUCAGGACAGGCAUAAUGCAACAGGAUAACGCGGAACAAGUGAUCCUGGACCCGAAGUUAAUCGCGAAACACUACCUCAGGACUUGGUUCUUUCUCGACCUCAUUUCCUCCAUACCACUAGACUACAUUUUCCUCAUAUUUAAUCAAUUUCAGGACUUUAGCGAGUCCUUCCAGAUCCUGCAUGCUGGCCGUGCUCUCAGGAUCCUCAGGCUUGCGAAACUGUUGUCGCUGGUUAGGUUACUACGAUUGUCAAGACUGGUGCGGUAUGUCUCGCAAUGGGAAGAGGUCUAUAUCCCCCUUUAUCAACAGCCGGAGAGGCACUACGAGCGUCGGGCGACACCGCCCCAACCAGACCGAACCAGCAAGAUAUUGCAGAACCUACAAAAAAAACGCACUGAGCGGAGGGGGCGCCUAAGUUCUGACAAUAUGAGUAAAAAGAAGUCCGGUUUCAGCAAAAGCGACCUUAUUUUUAAGUUCCUGAAUAUGGCGUCGGUGUUCAUGCGGAUUUUUAACCUGAUUUGCAUGAUGCUCCUAAUCGGUCACUGGAGUGGCUGCCUACAAUUCCUGGUCCCAAUGCUGCAAGGGUUUCCUAGUAACUCAUGGGUCGCCAUCAAUGAAUUACAAGACUCAUUUUGGCUGGAACAAUACUCAUGGGCCCUUUUCAAAGCCAUGUCGCACAUGCUCUGCAUAGGAUACGGAAGGUUUCCACCGCAAUCCUUGACCGACAUGUGGCUCACUAUGCUUAGUAUGAUCAGCGGUGCUACCUGUUAUGCACUUUUCCUUGGACACGCGACGAAUCUCAUUCAGUCACUCGAUUCCUCCAGGAGACAAUACCGCGAGAAGGUUAAACAAGUAGAGGAAUACAUGGCCUAUCGAAAGUUACCACGAGAAAUGAGACAGAGGAUCACGGAAUAUUUCGAGCAUCGUUACCAGGGCAAAUUCUUCGACGAGGAACUGAUCCUCGGAGAGCUGUCGGAGAAAUUAAGAGAAGACGUGAUCAACUACAACUGCAGAUCGUUAGUCGCGUCCGUGCCAUUCUUUGCCAACGCCGAUUCCAACUUUGUCUCGGAUGUCGUUACCAAAUUGAGAUACGAAGUCUUCCAGCCGGGUGAUAUCAUCAUCAAGGAAGGUACGAUCGGCUCUAAAAUGUACUUCAUACAAGAAGGCAUAGUCGAUAUCGUGAUGGCGAACGGCGAGGUGGCGACUUCGCUGUCAGAUGGCUCGUACUUUGGCGAGAUCUGUCUACUGACGAACGCGAGGAGGGUAGCCUCGGUCCGUGCCGAGACCUACUGCAAUCUCUUCAGCCUCUCGGUGGAUCAUUUUAACGCCGUGCUGGACCAGUAUCCAUUAAUGCGCAGAACGAUGGAAAGCGUUGCCGCCGAGAGGUAUAAGCUUUGGUUGAACAAAAUCGGCAAGAAUCCGAAUCUGGUGGCCCACCGCGAGGAGGAUCUUGGAAGCGAGUCGAAGACGAUAAAUGCCGUGGUGAACGCGCUCGCUGAGCAAGCUGCGCAUGCUAGCGCCAGUGAAGAAUCGGUACACAGCAUGGAACUGAGGACUCUUCCCGCUUGUCUGUUGCCCAGACCAAAGUCUGAGAAUAAUUUCGCGAGUCAGGAGCUCUCCCGAGAGGGACGACGGAUCUUCCACAAGAGCGACACUUUCCACAAGGAUUCGUAUCAAUGACGACACUCGUUAUACUAGCAUACAGAGAGAUACUAACGGCUCCAUGAGCGACAGUGGCGUUGUACACUGUCGAUCGGAUCGUUGGCAGCCGUUUUAAGCCUAGAUCCUGGACGCUACACUAGAAGCAAUCUAUACAUAGAUAUACGCUAUGCCAGUAGUCUUCUAGCGAUCGGUUUCUAGCGCCUUCUUAUAUUAACCUGACGGCACGUUCCAGUCCAGGAUCUAUGCGUAAAAUCGCGCGGACCAAGAGAAUGCCGACGUUCUCCAGCGAUGGCACGGCACAACACACAAAAUAAAACCAUCGUUUAGACGUAACGCUAUUAUUUUCCCCGUCUGCGAGACGUUCAACCUCAACAGCAAUAAACGGAGCAACCAACAAAAAGAAGAAGAACAGAAAACUUGUGGAGGGUUAGCUACGAUCGUUGUCCUUCAUUGUCACGAAACGAUCGCACGAGGAUAGAGAAACGAUCGAGAAAUAUUUUCAACGGAGGAGCUUGUGCUCGACGAAGGAAAAAGAAGAGGUUCGAUAAAAAGAUGGACGAUUGUGCCAUCGAUCGGAGAACACGGAGCCGUUAAUUCCUGCCGCGAGUCUUCUUCAUCGACGCAGGCGUCGCAACCAUAAAGCGAACAGAAACUGAUGCGAUGACUGGAUGAAGACCUCAACGACGACGAAGAGCAGGCCUAGAAAUUUAUAGAGCGUAUGUAGAGCCCAUCGUGGACUAGGUAGAAAAAUCCUAAACGACAGUGUUAAACGAUGCGUAAAUUUCUCUGUGAUUUUGCAAAAGCCGUACGUUUCGCACUUUUAGGAAAAAAAUGAUGAAACACAGGGGCGAGAGGGGGGGGGGGGUAUGAAAACAAGAAAGAGAAUAACCUAUACACGAACGAUUAGGAUUCAGUUUUUGGUUCUUUUCUAAGACAACUAACUAACGUAUUGAAGAGGACGGGAGAGAAACUCGUGAAACGAGGGGUAUUCCAGUUAUAAGUUUGUUAACGUGUUUUAACUUUAGCUUCGUAUCGUUGGAUAGUCCCGUGCGAGUGAUCGAAUGAAUAGUAAGAUGACGAGAAGAAGGAGGGAGCAACGUGUAAUAUAAGAGCUGGCAAUCGUAAGGGAAUUUGAACGAAGAUAAAGAAAAAGGAAGAUCGAAGAGGAUGUUUAUCGCGGCUAAUCUGUCUUAAUUUUUGAGAUCGAAGGAGCACGCCUGCGAUUCAGAACUCGCUUCUAUGCUAUUUUAUUUUCAAAAUGGAAAAUCUUAAUGAUAAAUAGAAAAUACAUCUCGUAUCAAUUCGGGGCAGUGGACAAAUUGCCGAUAUCGAAUCACAAUCAACAGAUCUAUUCAAUUAAAAAUCGGGGUUUCGGAUGACCGUGCUGAGAGGCGAACAGAAGGGAAAGGAUCCAACGCCACGGGAAUCGAGAUGGAUGAAUGUGUGAGAAUUUUUCAGGGUUACAAUUUUGAGGACAAACGGGGUAUCGAGUGAAGAAAUUUAAGUCGUUCUACAAAAGAGAGAAAAUUAAUAUUAUAAAACAAAUCUAAAUCGAAGGCCCAAAGAUCGUGUUAACUUGUUGAGUGUUCUUUGGGCUGCCACGGCUAAUAUAAAAAAAAUGUAACACAAACGUCAAUGAAUGAGAGAUAAAAUUAAGUAAGUGGAACGCGAGAGAGAGCGAACGAGAGAGCGAGAGAUAAGUAUCUUUUUAUUCGGGUGAAAGACACGCGAUGUAUUAUAAGAAGCGAACAAAACAAAGCAAAACAAAACAAAAGAAACAAACAAAAUAGAAGAAAGAAAGGAAGGUAUAAAUAUUAUGUAAUAAAUUAUUAUUAUUGUUACCGGUUAUCAUUGCAAUGAUUAUUACAUCCACUACCGCAUAAAUGAAAAUAAAAAAACACUAAGCAGAAUAAAUGACAAAAAAAUAAACUAAGAAGUAAAAAA